GCAACAACAGCAUCCGGCGCCUCUGGGGCCGCAGAAGCCGCUUCUCAGUCGCCACACUGCGUCGCGUUUGCAAACAACAGCUACUGUGCUUCGGCCCAAGACCCCCUGCCGCACUCGAGCACCAUGACCGUCACGCCCAGGCCGUGGUGGAAGGAUGCCGUCGUGUACCAGAUAUACCCCGCCUCCUUCAAAGACAGCAAUGGAGACGGCAUUGGCGACCUCAAUGGCAUUCUCUCCGAGCUCGACUACAUCCGCUCCAUCGGCGUCGACGUCAUCUGGAUAUGCCCCAUGUACGACUCUCCCCAAGUCGACAUGGGCUAUGACAUCCGAGACUACGAAGACGUCUAUCGCCCAUAUGGCACCGUGCAGGACAUGGAGCGGCUGAUUCAAGAAACACAUGCGCGGGGCAUGAAGAUCAUCCUGGAUCUCGUAGUCAACCACACAUCUGACCAACACAAAUGGUUUCAGGAGUCGCGCUCCUCCAAAGACCACCCAAAGCGCGACUGGUACAUCUGGCGCCCUGCUCGCUACGUCGAUGGCGUACGCAAGCCCCCCAACAACUGGGUCUCCAACUUCACGGGCAGCGUCUGGGAGUGGGACCAACACACUGAAGAAUACUAUCUCCAUCUCUUCUGCCCAGAGCAGCCUGACCUCAACUGGGAGAACCCAGAGACGCGCAAAGCCAUCUACGAGUCUGCCAUGGAGUUUUGGCUCAAGCGCGGCGUCGACGGCUUCCGCGUAGACACAGUCAACAUGUACAGCAAAGGCGACAUGCACGACGCCCCAAUCACAGAUCCCGGCUCAGAAUGGCAGUUCGCCGGCUACCAGUACUGCAACGGCCCACGAAUGAAUGAGUUUCUAGCCGAGAUGAACCAGAUCCUAGAAAAGUAUGAUGCCAUGACGGUUGGCGAAUGCCCCCAUACACUCGACAUGAACAGAGUGCACCAGUACGUGAGCGCCAAGGAAAAGCGUCUCUCUAUGGUGUUCCAAUUCGAUGUAGUCGAUGUUGGCCAAGGCCCCUACAAAUUCCAAACAACACCCAAAAACUGGACUCUGCCGCAAUUCAAACGCGCCAUUGCCCGCACCCAAGAUCUCGUGCGCCCGCCCUCGGAUGGCUGGACCACCGUGUUCCUCGAAAACCACGACCAAUCCCGCUCCAUCACACGCUUCACUUCGGACAGCCCGCAGCACCGCGUUGCCGGCGGCAAGAUGCUCGCGCUGAUGAUGUGUGGUCUCAGCGGAACCCUCUUCAUCUACCAGGGCCAGGAACUCGGCAUGGUGAAUUUCCCAGAGUCGUGGGACAUGUCAGAGUACAAAGAUGUCGAGUCGACCAACUACUACAAAAUGGUUGCCAAGCGCACCAACAACGAUGCUGAUGCGCUUGCCGCAGUGCACAAGUCGCUGCAGCACCUUGCGCGCGAUCACGCGCGCGUGCCAAUGAGCUGGAGUACCGACAAGUACAAUGGUUUCAGUCCGCCUGAUGCCAAAGACAAGCCCUGGAUGCGACCGCUGGAUGAUGCCGCCUUGUGCAAUGCGCGACAGCAGCAACAGGACGGCAAAUCCGUCUUGGGCUUCUGGACGCGCAUUCUCGGGAUACGCAAACAGUACACUGACUUACUCGUUCAUGGUCAAUACGAUGAUCUGGACCUUGACGAUGAGCAUUUGUACGUUUUUACCAAAACGUGGGACGAUAAAAAGGCUCUUUGUGUAUGUAAUUUUACCGAUGCAGAGAGGGACUUUGUCUUCCCGGCCAGUGUGGCACAGCAAAAGAUGGAAUUGCUGGUGAGCAGUGCAGAAGAUGAUGGAGGCCACGUGCAGGAGAAGACACUCAAGCCGUUUGAAGGCAGGAUUUAUCUUUUGGCCUAGGUAAGAUAUCUAUUUGUUGACUUUGAUUUAUUCUUUCGAGACAAGAUUCAAACUAUAUUCUAUCAUCUACAAGAAUGGUGAAGAAACAAUCAGUAAAAAAAAACUUUGAAUGUUCGCUAGACAACACCAAAGGUAGCUACCUGCAUAGACAAGCGCCG